AUGGAGAGAUCACAUCGUCGUCGAAGGCUUCCAUAUACACGGGAGUCGCCGUCAUCAAUACCCAGGAAAUCCCAGCCUAGUUCGCGUACUUGGCUGCCCUGGUCCCUCGUGGGUGUGAUAUUGAUCGCCCUCGCAUAUACAUGCAUACAACGACCGGAUCUCUAUUCAUGGGAGUCCCGGCCAGCUCCAAUCGAGUCUCAUCGACAUAUCGGAGCUACCCGCCCUGGUAUCGCACUUCAUCCCGAAGAGCAUAUUUCCCGGCCGCCAAUCACGCAGUACCUGGAUUGGCAUGUCACAUCGGGCUUGCUUAGGCCCGAUGGAGUCCUUAAAGAUGUAUACCUCAUCAAUGAUCAUUUCCCUGGCCCAACAAUAGAAGCUCGUUCAGGUGAUACCCUGAUUAUCACGGUCACUAAUGGGCUAAAAGAAGACUCAUUGGCUUUGCAUUGGCAUGGUCUACACGUGGCUAAUGCCAUGGAUGGUGCCGUGGGGGUAUCUCAAUGUCCCAUUGUCCCGGGCGCCCAGUUUACCUAUAAUCUCACAAUCUCCACAGAUCAGAGUGGAACUUUCUGGUACCAUGCGCAUGCAGGUCUUUCGAGGGCCGAUGGGCUGUAUGGAGGCUUGGUGGUGCAUUCCCCAUCGUCUUCAUCCACAGUACGCGGUUUACUUCCGAGCCCAGAGGAUGAUAUUAAUCGCUAUGGAUAUGACAAAGAGCUGCUUCUGCUCAUCGGAGACUGGUAUCAUCGACCUGCUAGGGAUGUCUUAGCAUGGUAUAAGACUCCGGGGAAUUUCGGCAAUGAGCCAGUGCCAGACUCCCUAAUUAUCAACGGAGUUGGUCAUUUUGAAUGCUCCAUGGCAGUCCCUGCACGUCCAGUGAAUUGCAUAGAACAGCAAGUUCAUUCUAUGCUGGAUCUUGAUGCUGAAAAAACUUAUCUAAUCCGUGUUGUCAAUACUGGAUCUUUAGCGGGCUUCAGUCUUGUCUUUGACAAGGAACAAUUAGAUCUAAUUCAAAUUGACAGUGUGGAUGUCGAACGAAAUGACACAGACAACACGAAUUCUCUUGGAAUCUUGUAUCCUGGAUCACGCAUGGAUUUCAUUCUCCAUCCGUCUCAUGAUCACAAGAGCUCUUCUAUGAUGGUCCAACUAGAUCGAGAAUGCUUCAAGUUUGUGAACCCAGCUCUGACACCAGAUCAAACUUUUCCAAUCAGCUACAACUCACCACGUAAAUCCGCCAAUUCUUUGGGCUCAAUUUCAUUACCGCAGAUUCGCAACAAAGUUGAUCUGAACUAUAUCCCUUCCGCAAAAUCAGUCCUACAAGCCCUCCCACCAAAAGCACAACAAACACAUGUGGUCUACACCAAAAUUCAGAAAAUGGCUCGUAACCACAAUAUCCCUUUUGGAUACUUCAAUCAAACUAGUUGGAGUCCACAACAAGAUUCAGCUGCCCCAUUAACAACUCUGCCAAGAACAGAGUGGGAUAGCAACCAGUUCGCGAUCUCAACUGGUUCCGAUCCAGUAUGGGUAGACCUCGUCGUGAAUAAUCUAGAUGAGGGGCCUCACCCUUUUCAUUUGCAUGGCCAUCACUUCUACAUAAUGACCAUUCAAAAACCAUUCGGCUGGGGUUCCUAUAAUCCCUUCGAAAAUUCCAUUCCACCAGGUCUUGAAGGAAAUCUCGAAAAUACGGAUGAAAACGAGUUUGAUUCUUAUAUUCCGUAUAAUUUAUCCCGUGUCACACUACGUGAUACAGUUCAGAUACCCAGUCGUGGCUAUGCUGUCCUACGCUUUCGGGCUGAUAAUCCUGGUAUCUGGCUGUUUCAUUGUCAUGUACUCUGGCAUCAAGCGACGGGUAUGGCGAUGCUGAUUGAUGUAAAAGGAGGCGAUGGGGAUGGGUUUGUGCAUGAUGGAGUCUUGGGGGAGGCUAUAGGAGGGGCUUGUCCUGUACCUCAGGCUACUUAG